UUAGCCCGGUGUCACACUGAAGCAUAUCGCCUGAUUGUGUCAACAUGCAGCUAAACGGUACAUUUGUGUGAGUCAGUAUUGGAGGUACGUCACGCUUCAUUAAAUGCAGGUGAGAGACGCGCAUGUGGACAGAAGCGACACACCUGGAUACCUGUGCAGACGAAGGGACUGAAGACUACGGAGCUCCAGUUCCAGUUGGACGAUUCCAGAAAACGUAGAGUCAACCAUCGUCUCAGACAUUUGGAUCCAAUGUUUCCCCUGUUACCGCUACAUGGAUCGGGUGCUCUACCCGUAUAUGGCCGUGAACAUACCACUAACGAUAUUGCCCCGACAGCACGAAGGUCCAGAAAUUUCGGCUCUGUGGACAACUGGCAGGCUGGGAAGACAGUCGAGGAAUGUAACAUGCACAUGCUGAAGUCGGAAGUGUCAUGUGACGUCAGCUUCCUGGUAGGCCGUGAUGGUCAGACCGUGAACGCUCAUCGUUUUGUCCUCAUCAGUCGGAGCUGUGUGUUCGCCGCCAUUCUGUCGGAAGUCAACCGUGUCGACACCGACAUGUCCAUCCCUGACAUUGAAGCAGAUGACUUCCAUACCUUCCUCGUAUACCUGUACACAAAUGAGGCCGAGAUCGAUCCCAAAAAUGCAACCUCAUUGUUGUAUGCAGCCCGGAAGUAUGGGGUCAGUGGCCUAGAGGACAUGUGCGUGGACUAUCUCAAAGAAAACCUCACCCCACUCAAUGCUUGCAUUGUUCUUGAAGCUGCAUUCCAAUCCAACCAAAUGAAGCUGUUCAGCAAGGCACUGAAGAUGAUCCAUAGAAACGGCGAGGAGUGUCUGCAAACACCCAGUUUCCUAGCACUGAGUCACACCUGCGUUGACCAGAUCGUGCGCCCAGAUGAUCUGGUAGCGGAUGAGACGGUUGUGUUUGAGGCUGUUAACAAGUGGGCGGAGGCUGAAUGCAAGCGUCAGGAAUUUGAGAUCACGCCCAAAACCAAGCGACAGAUCCUAGGCGAUGUCCUCAUGUGCGUAAGGUUUCCACUGAUGGAUUCGAAAUACUUCGUCGACACAGUCGGAGCCAGCGGAUUACUUGCUGAUCACGAGAGACUGAAAAUAUUUGUUCAUAAUAUAUUUCCUGAGAAGGAUAUUAAACCGUUUAACAAGGACGAAAGAAAAGGUCAGUGGGGAAGUACAAAAGGUAGCAAGACCAGUGGUAGUGUCACCUACAGAGAUGAUAUGGAACAAAGAAGACUUCCAGAUAUAAAUCAUCCAAGACAGGGCAGCAGGACACACAGAGGGUUUGCUGGAAACAGCCGUGAAGAAGAAAGACCCGAUUUGGAGGACAACUAUGCGGAUGAAAGAUACAUUAAGGGUUACAGAAGAAACAGGAAGGAGAACCACAGAGAUGGUAGGAAGAAGAAAGGCACGAGAAAGGUUUGCAACAGGACGGAAAACAGAUUCAGGGUGCAAUCAUUCGGGAGAACAUGUCGAGGUCGAGAAUGGGAACCUAUGAAGUUCCGAUGUCGUGAAGAUAUUGAGUUGUGCGGCUUUCUCUUGUAUGGUCCUUGUGAUGAUGAUGUCGCAACCUACGACGUAGAAGCUCACCUUGACGACGAGUUCAACGUCGAGAUCGCUGGUUCCAAUAUUGCAUCCUCCAGCAAGGCCAACAAGGAAGAUGUCAUAUUUGAAGUAUUGUUCCCCUCGCCGAUCAAACUCGCGUCCCGAAAGUGGUAUACACUUAAUAUCUUGAUCCGUGGCCCGCCAUGCAUGUAUGGGAGCGAUCCAAAAGAGCAAAUGAUCUCUCAUGGCGUUACGUUCGAAUUUCAGCAAGUGGAGUCGAGAGCUACUAGAAAUGACCAGUUUCAAGUUCCAUAUCUCUUGUUUAACAAGCUGUAGUGAGUGAGUGAAUAUGGUUUUACGCCGCUUUUAGCAAUAUUCCUGCAACAUCGCGGCGAGGGACACCA